UUUCAGGAUUGAUCAAGAUUUGUGAGAUUCCUUCCACCUCCCGAAUGCCGUCGCUAGUGAUGACCUGACUGAAAUCAACAUUGGCCCAGACAGGAGCCAGUAUCUCGUCGAUAUCUCCGCGUAACCGAUCUCUAUUUGGCGACGAUUCUAGCCUCAAGGGUGUCCAGCUUGCGGCAAACGAAGGUCCGGCCUCCGCUGUGCCUCCAAAGCCCCCGGAGGCGUCAUCGCCAAACUCGGUUCCACCACCUCCCGCAUCAUCAAAGUCUCCGAAAUCUCCAAAAUCAUCGUCCUCAACAGCAGCAUUGGUAUCAGCAGUUUCAGUUGGGGAUCCGAAAUCGUCGAAAUCGUCAGAUGGCGGCGGGAAGAAUGUGGAUUGAGCAGGAGGGGCGAGAGUAACCGGCUCAGAGGAGCCCCACACAGAAGAACCGAACGUAAAAUCAUCGUCGUCCAGGGACAUUCUAAGUAGCGUGGUCACGGUGGCCGAAAGCAAGCUGUUUGUGAUUGUUGAUCUCCCACCGUUCUUCGCGUUCCUCUUCUCUUCAUCUCGAGUGCACUCACCAUGGAUAGUGUCAUUGAGCUCCAACGGCAGACUCAUGAGGAGAUUGAGCGUUUCGAGCGCGCUCUGUCUAGUCUGCUAUCUCGGAAUACUCCCGCACACGAGCAACGCAUCCAACAAGAGACACGGGCAGCACAAAUCUUGGACCGCAUCACGGGGCGCGCGGUGGCACUUGACGCUCUCUAUGAGGACGAGGAGCGCAGACGGGCAGAGAUAGACCGCCUCACGGCACCUAACCAACAGGACGACUUCACCGAGUUCUAUGCCCGGUUGGUUAAAAUACAAGAGCACCACGCCAAGUACCCUGACUCAGUGCCAGGCGGGUUCGAUCUCGAGCUGGCUACGCUUCUCGAAGAACCAAAUCAGGAUGGUGCUGAUGAAGAAUACGAGGAGGAAGACCCCAUAUCUCUCUUGUUCUCAGGAGAAGAAUCCUACGGCAAAUACGUCGAUCUCUACGCCAACCACGUUGCGUUUACAAACUUGAAGAAUGUCGGCAAGCGUCCGGGCUACCUGCAGUACCUUGAUUUGCUUCUUCUUGCCCAGUACGGUCCUAUCCACCGUGACUUGUCCAAAGAGACCCGGUUCUCCAAGGAUUUCGAGACCUACAUCAAAAAUCUGCACACGUAUCUGCUCUCUUUCUCCAAGCGCACAAUGCCUCUGGUGGAUAUGGAGUCGCAGCAACUGGACGCAACGAAGCUGUUCGAGGAGAAGUGGGCGGCUGGAGAGAUUCGUGGGUGGGAGGAAAAUGCCCCUAAAGCGACUGUCAAUGGCCAAGAGACUGCCGGGAUCUGGUGUCCUGCCUGCCAGAAACUCUAUGCCAAGCAGACGGUGUUCGAUGCACAUCUCACAUCUAAAAAGCACGUGAAGACGCAAGCCAAGAUCGAUGCUGGGGAGUUGACCCCUGCUCCUCGGCCGACAGAGAACGGAACGUCUGCCGUGUCAUCCUCGACAACACAGUCUUCGACUCAAGCGCGGCUGCGAAAUACGGCGCUUUGGACAUGGCUAUCAACUUCUCUGCUCGUUCCUCUGAUCCCCGUGCUGAACGACACCAAAUCCAACGUCGAGCGGCGCUUCUCGCUCACCGCUCGGGAGCGCGAGCAGGAGCUGAUCGAGCAGGCCAAGCCCGUGGCACCGCCUACGUCUUCUACCAAAGAAGGGGCCGAAGAGGAGGAGGAGGAGGAGCGAAUUUACAACCCUCUUAAGCUUCCCCUGGGCUGGGACGGCAAGCCCAUUCCCUAUUGGCUGUACAAGCUGCACGGGCUCGGCGUCGAAUACCGCUGCGAAAUCUGCUCCGAUGCCGUCUACAAGGGCCGCAAGAACUUUGAGCGCCAUUUCCAGGAGUCUCGCCAUGCUUUUGGUAUGCGAGCGCUCGGGCUCCCCAACACGAAGCACUUCCACGAGAUCACUCGGAUCGAGGAUGCGCGAUCACUGGCCGAGAAACUAAGCAAAGACAAUCGGCGGGACAUGCAUCAACAGGACACGAUGGAAGAGCUCGAGGACGAAGAGGGCAAUGUGUAUGACCGGAAAACGUAUGAAGACUUGAAAAAGCAGGGUAUUAUUUACACUACAUGUCUGAACCUCCAAGAACAUGCAAAGCCUGCCGCACACGCAAAGUGGUGCGUCCACUUCGUCCCGAAGCGUCACCCAAUCGAGCCGGCUCAGCGGCAGUCGCCUAGCGGUGUGACGGCUUGGACCCGUGCGGGCCUUGUACGCGAUCGCGCGGCCACCUCGCUUGCGUGUAUGCGCCUUCGAAGAAUCCGGGAGGUCUUACGAAAGGCGCUGCGUGCAUCUCCUGCCGGCAGAAGAAGAAGGUGUAAAUGCAGCGGCGAGACUCCGUGCUCCGGCUGCGUUCGGCUGGGAAUGUCGGAAUCGUGUCACUACGGUGGGAAAGUGUGGGAGAGACGCGCUGCAAGAAAGGAGAAAUCCAGCCCGAUAUCGACUGAGAUGAACACCGAGUCGCAAUCCGCUGCCGGGCCCUCAAACAUCGUCUCGAUCCCAAAUAUAUCCUCUGCUGAUAGUCCCCCACCGGAAGAAGAGACCUCCUCUCCACUUGCCUCCCCUUCGGAAACGCUCCCAGACCAAGGCGGUCAGCUCGACUCAUUUGCGUUGCGCUGUCUUUUCCUGCAACAUUGCUGGCAUUACGGCUUCAACAUCAGCGCCGACAAGCGAGCAGCCAUCGCCGAUGGCGACACCUCUGGGGCCGUCGUGCACCCAGUCUUCAUCGUGCUGUGUGCGUUGAUGGGUUACAUGGUCGCCACCGACCCCGUCUCUUCGAGCGACGGGCGCAUCACACGGCAGACAGCGAUCGAAAAGAGAUACAAGCUGCACAUCUUGGACAUCCUAGCGGGAUCCGUGCGUGCACCCGACCCUAUGACCUACGUCCAGGUGUACCAACUGCUGGGGGUGUACCACGCAAAGAACGCGGAAUACAACAAGUCGCAGGAGUUCCUUGGGAAGGCGAGCAACGUCGUUAUGCAGAAUCAGCACGCCCUGAGACUCAACGCCGACAACCUUGCCAUCUCAUUCGGUGGCGGUGGACCCCCCAGUCCUCAUGUGCUGGAUGUGCCGUCGGGGCUCGCUGCCGAAGCGAGAUCGGCUUUGUCGCAUAUGGUUCCGAGCCAAGGAGCUGCGGGCGGAGUGGGACUCUGGCAAGUCAUUCUGAGGUGCAAAUCGCCGCACACAGAACUCAGAUCAACUGCAGCAGACAAUGCAGUUGCGAGCGAGUGGUCUGCUCAUUGCAAAGUGCUCGUCGCUGAUGUCGAAAAACAUAUCGCUGCGAUCUCGCAACUGGACGUGUCCACGGAACAGAGAUUGCUCUCGCUGGCGCUCAAAGGCUGCAUCAUCAUAUCGCUCGCCGCGCUGGCUGAAGUAUACAGCGUCACCGCUCCGUUCGAUGCCCUCGUGCUGAAGAAACACCGGAGCGCGAUCGCGGAUGUUGCCGACAUUGCGCGCACGUUCCGACCUGGCGACCAUCUUUACUUCAACUGUUCACUCGAGUGUGCUUGGAACAUCACUUCAUGCAUUGUCGAGGAACAGGAGCCGACGGAGAAAUGGUCUCGCUAUGUGGCUGCUAUCGAGGAGAACGGGUCGAUUAUAUAAUCCAUGAUACAAAUACUAGCUUGCCGAUACAGACCUUACUCAACGGGCGGCGGUUUCUUGCGAGGAGGUGGAGGCGGCGGCAUUUUCCGAGGGAUUGCAGAUUGCACUGGAGAUAUCGGCGCAUGCAGUGUCAAGGCAUCGGUGUACAGCUCCUCGUCCGAAGAUGACGACGAUGAGAUCGAGUCGGAAUCAGAAAGCUCGAAGGGAUUUGUUACCCCGGUCCGGAGAUGCCGUAUCUCGACCUCAGAAACGGCUCCGUUCAUGUGCGCUGUGCGAUAAAGUUCAGAAGAAACGGACGUAGCACAAUAUACAGCAACGCACCAGGUCCAUUCCACCACGCACUCUCGUCAGAACUGGGCGGCGGCACUGACCACCGAACUCAGCAACUAUCGCACGCACAAACAGGGUUCAAUACGCACGGUCUCCUACUGUCGAGGGCAGGGACAGUGCAGCCAGCUGCUCGUCCAGUCUCUGCCCUGGCCCCGUCGCAAGCACAUUCCGCAGAAGAAGCUGUGACAGCGCUGUCCGUUUCGCCUCGUCGAUGGUUCGAACCGACGCUCUGAACGUAGCAAAUACUGCAGCAACCCCUCAGGACUCCGCCCAUGCAGCAAACACGAUGAGCUUGCCGCACCUGGUUUGUGAUCCGAUCCCUUCAACUCAGCGCGUGAGUACGUCGACAAAUCCAAGUCACCGCCCCGGAAAAGAAUGCGGUCUGCACAGAAUGUCUAUGAGCGCAGUCGCCUACUGGUGCAGAGACACGUGACGAACCUGUCCACGCAGGAAUGCGCAUCUUCUCGCUCGUGUCGUAAUUGUCCGUCCCCAGGUCGUACCGAUACGUCGGUCUGAACAAUAGUGGGCCCUCCUCGUAUCCAGCAAACGCUGCUCCAGUGUCAAUCGCUUGUCGCAGCUGCCCAAUCAUCAGCUCGUGACCUGGUCUUGCCAAACUCAGCCAUCAAACACCCACCUGAUCUCCAGACAAAAGCGCGUCAUACUCGUCGCCAACUGCCAGGGAACGGACCGUAUCGUUCUCAAGGUCUAUCCGGUAGUUGGUAUCCGCCAGCCAGACAAUGUUACUGCGAUCGGUCGAUCAGCGCUCUGAUCAGUGCCGGCGUAGCAACAGCGCAGCUCACUCGUGGACCUGGAUCGUUUUUCCUUUCUGGAAAUGCAGCCCGUUCACAAUCGUGCGGUAGUCCAUAUUACGCUCCUCGACGUUUGAAUGACCUGCCGCCAGAUGCGCAGUCAAGAAGCAGAAACUGGUGUCGCAAAAAUCCAAUCGCACGCCGACAGCGCCUUUGUUGCCCGACAUCCCACGGAGACCGGUCUGCAAGCACGUUCAAACGGUGGCUCACGAACAGCAGUGGAACCAAGGAACCUUCCUAGUCGCUGCUUCGACAUUCCUCAUCAACGGCGCCACCUCCGUCUUCACCAACACAAGCAACGCUGUACCAACCAGUUGCUCACUGCGCAGCAAUACAUAGUCCGACUUUUUCGUCGGCCGUCGGUCAAGCGUCUCCAAAAUCCUGGCUUCCCAGACCCUCCGCUUCUCAGGAUCUGUCUGCACGAUCUGCUGCGCGGUGAGAGGGACAAUUUCUUGGAAUCCGAGGACAAAGAUGUCUGGUUCGGACUUGGUUUCGCAUUACCCGGCAAAGUACGCAAUGGAAGCCUAGACCACUUACCCUGCCGUUGAGAUUCCAUGUUCCGACGAAGAGAGAACACUGCCUGGUUGACGAGUAUUCGUUGAUCCUAACCACCUCCGCAUCUCGGACAGAGUCGUGGAUGGGAUCGAAUAUCGUCACCGACCGCUGGUUGCUCAGAUUCCCGAGGAACAUGUCGAUAGCAGUCUGCUUGGCCUUGUCUUGGAAGUUGUUGAUGUAAGCCCGAGAUACACUCUUCGUCGCAUCCGACAGGACGCCUGCGUCUCGGUUCAGCUGACGUCAUGGCAUGGCAAGCAAAGACUGACCAGCUAAUUGCCGGCAUAGAUCUUGGAUAGCGCAUCGCCGUUGUCUCCCCACAACUCACGGUGAUGUGUCCAAAGAGUGUUGGAAUGCAGCCAUUCUCGUCUCACGAGAAGCAGAUACUGUUCUAAUGUUCCUCUAGAUAAGAUCUCCUGGAUGAAAUUCGUUCGAUCGAGACUGUUGGGGUGUCAUUCAGGCCGUGUCAUCAGCAGAGGGCUGCACGACACACCAGUCGAGGCAAUUGGUCCUGAAGAUACCCUUUUGCUCGGUCACGACUUCCAAUCCGAUCCAUCCGUCUGCGCAGCUCACGUCAGCAAGCGACGCAACCAUCGGGUCUUUCCGACACAUACCGCAGCUCUCGGCUCACGCUGUCGUGUCCUCCAACCCUGACAUGAUUGUGGAAAUCGAAGUGGCUGAUGUUAAUGCUAUCCCCAAGACCCUCGCGUGCGAUUUGUACGUGACGGGCGUAGGCGUUUGUCAGAGAGGCUUCAUUCUCCUUGGUGCCGAGCAGGUUGAUGGCAUGCACCGAGCCAUAGUCGUCCACCAAUUGCGAGAAAUGCCGGUCGAAUGCAGGUUGGGACGUCGUUGGCCGGGUAAUCUGGAUCUUAUGACCGAAUGUUUGUAGCCCUUGCUGUUCCCAAAACACUGGACGUGCACCAUAUCAGCAUUGGAAGAGAUGGAUACGUAGCACUGACAAGGAACGCUCCCUCGUACUUGCACGUAGCUAACAGAAUGCUGGUCCGUCGUAAAGAUAGUUUCCGUCUGCAAGCCGUUAGAAUGCAGGCCGACUGCGCUCUAAUGAUCCGCACCUCGACGAAGUUAGCUACGUUCCCACCAUCGUCCACUCCGCGCGCAUUGAAUCGUGUGCCCGCCCGCUUCGAACCGAGCCGUGAUAUGAGCGAAAGUGUCACGAUGGCCGGAGCACCACUCGUUGGAGGUGCCGGCAGGGCCAUGGUGAAGACGCCGACAUAGCCUUGAAUCGCCAAACGCUGCAGACCGCUCAGUCCUGACGCUCGUCGGAAAGAGGGCAGCGUCCAGCAUACAUACUAUAAACUGACACGCGUCGAAUUCACUCCUCUCGAAUCUGUCCAACCGGUCCCGGAAAUCGAGCAGCCCUUGCAGCAGAAACGAGUUCCAGAUGAAGGCCGGAUCGAAAGUGCUGAAGUUCGGCGUCUUAUCUCGUACGAGGCGGAGCGACAGGCGCGAUGAUACGUCCCACUGGGAGUCGGAAGCGUAAUAGAAGGAUCCGGACGAGAGGAUCUUCGUCAGCGGGGCGCAUGGAUGCUCGAGAGUCGGUACAUUCUGGCCGUAGUUCUCCCUGACGAUAGCAUCGGCCGCCUCUGUCGUGGCCAGGGUCUCCGCUGCGAUAUCAUCCCACGUCGAAACGGUCAGACUGUAGAAGCUGACUUGGUGGAUCUUUGACACUGACUCCACACGGGAAGAGUUGGGGCGCGUAUUCCCGACCUCGGUUGCGCUGGAGAUGACAGCGAGGAAGAUA